AUGCUUAAGCAGAUACUUGGGAAGCUUCCUAAGAAACCUUCUGCUAAGUUUUGGGAUAAUGGUGAGUCCCAAGCUCCAGAUAACAACAAUCAAGGCGAUGAAGUUCCAAGCCAGAGAUCAUCAAAUGGAGAUAAUCUGGAUUGUGUUUCUCUAGAGGUUUUGCCGAGGCUGAGAGAUGUUUCGAUCUCGGAGAAGCAAGAACUGUUUCUCAAGAAGCUUAGGCUAUGCUCCGUAGUGUUUGACUUCGUCGCCGAGCCUCAACAGAACUUGAAGGAGAAAGAGAUCAAGAGGCAAACACUUCUUGAAGUCGUGGACUAUGUCAUCUCUUCAGGGAACGGGAAGUUCCCUGAGUCAGUUAUUCAAGAAGCUACGAAGAUGAUUUCGGCUAAUCUCUUUAGUAACCCUCAUCAACAGUGUAAGAACAACAAGACUCCAGAAGCAUUAGAUGUGGAAGAAGAAGAAGGAUCUCUGAACCCUUCUUGGCCUCACUUGCAGAUUGUUUACGAGUUCCUCCUGAGAAUCGUUGCAUCCCCCAACACAGACGCCAAGAUAUCCAAGAAAUACAUCGACCAUACCUUCGUUCUCAAGCUACUGGACCUGUUCGACUCUGAAGAUCCGAGGGAGAGAGAGUACCUCAAGACAAUACUUCACCGGAUCUACGGGAGGUUUAUGGUUCACCGCCCGUUCAUCAGGAAAACGAUGAACAACAUCUUGUAUGAUUUCAUAUUCGAGACAGGGAAACACUCGGGGAUCGCCGAGUUUCUUGAAGUUUUGGGAUCCAUCAUCAAUGGGUUCGCUUUACCUCUCAAGGAAGAACACAAGCUCUUCCUCACUCGUGUCUUGGUUCCUCUACACAAGCUGAAAUGCUUACCGAACUACCAUCAGCAGCUCUCUUACUGCGUUAUACAGUUUGUUGAGAAAGACUGUAAGCUCGCAGAUACGGUCAUUAGAGGGUUGUUGAAGUACUGGCCAGUUACUAAUAGCUCCAAAGAAAUCAUGUUCUUGAAUGAAUUGGAGGAGAUAUUAGAAGCAACGCAAUCAACAGAGUUUGAGAGGUGUAUGAUCCCUCUCUCUCGCCAAAUCGCUCAGUGCUUGAGCAGUUCUCACUUUCAGGUAGCGGAACGGGCUUUAUACCUAUGGAACAAUGAUCACGUCAGUAAAUUGGUGAGACAGAACAGCAGAAUCAUUCUACCGAUAGUGUUCCCAGCUCUGGAGAAAAACGGCAGUAGCCAUUGGAACCAGGCUGUGAAGAACUUGACCGAGAAUGUUCUUAAGGUCUUGUCCGAUACGAAUCCAGAACUAUUCGAAGAAUGUUUGCGCAAGUUUCAAGAAGAUCAGCAGAAUGCAGAGGAUACCAAGAAGAAGAAUGGAGAAACCUGGAGACAGCUAGAGGAGAUUGUUGCGUCAAAGGGACACACAUCAAUGGCGAAGUAA